CUGUGGUAGAAGCGGUGCUGUGCUUGUGGUUCCGACCUCUCUGUACUGUAUUCCUCUCAGCCAUGAGCUGCGGCCAGACGUCGGUGAUCCAGGUCACCAACCUGUCCGCCGUCGUUACCAGCGAACAGAUGCGAACGUUAUUCUCUUUCUUAGGGGACAUCGAUGAGCUGCGGCUCUAUCCACCCGACAAUGCACCCCUUGCUUUUUCCUCCAAAGUAUGUUAUAUUAAGUAUCGUGACUCUUCAAGUGUCGGUGUGGCCCAGCAUCUAACUAACACGGUUUUUAUUGACAGAGCUCUGAUAGUUGUUCCAUGUGCAGAAGGUAAGAUACCAGAAGAAACGAAGGCCCUCUCCCUCUUGGCUCCUGCUACUCCAUUAUCUAGCCUGCUCCCUGGGGCAGGUCUGCUUCCUAUUCCAACUCCAACUCCGACGCCAUCUCCCUUAGCAUCUCUAAGUGUUCCAUUUACAACAUUGGCAGCAACAUUACCAACACAGCUGGAACCUGUUCUACCUUCUCUGACCCCGGUAAUUCCGGCCUUAACAUCCACCAUCAAUACCCUUGCUGACCUGACUCAGCCACCUUUGAUGGGUAAUGUAGAUCCGACAAAGGUUGAUGAAAUUAGGAGGACGAUUUAUGUUGGAAACCUAAAUUCCCAGACCACUACCGCAGAACAGCUGCUUGAGUUCUUUAAGCAAGUAGGAGAUGUUCGCUUCGUCCGCAUGGCAGGGGACGAGACGCAGCCCACGCGGUUUGCUUUUGUAGAGUUUUCAGACCAGAAUUCUGUGGCAAGAGCCCUCGCGUUCAAUGGAGUUAUGUUUGGGGACAGGCCUCUCAAGAUAAACCACUCAAAUAAUGCAAUAGUCAAACCACCUGAGUUAACACCUCAAGCAGCUGCUAAGGAGCUAGAAGAGGUGAUGAAGCGUGUCCGGGAAGCCCAGUCAUUAAUAUCAGAAGCUAUUGAGCCAGAGACUGGAAAGCCUGUUGAUAAGUUAAAUCAGAAACUCUCAAAAACACGAUCACGUUCCCGUUCAAAAUCUCGAUCAAGGAGGAAAAGAUCGCAUUCAAAACACCGAAGCCAAUCACGUAACCGGUCACGAUCCAGUCAUAAGGAACGAAGGAGAUCAAAAAGUCCUCACAAGAAAAGAUCAAAAUCAAAAGAUCGCCGCAGGUCAAAAAGCCGUUCACGCUCCAGAGAUAAGAAGAAAGACAGAGAAAACAAAAGCAAAGUUAAGGAAAAAGAAAAGAUAAAGGAUAAAAAUGAUAAAAGAAGAAAAGAGAAGCGGUCUAGAAGCCCAUCCAAAAGCCGGCACUCUGUCCGGAGGUCUCGCAGUGUUAGCAGGGAUAGGCGCAAGAGGAGAAGCCGAAGUCUAUCAAAAUCUCCCAAAAGUUCCAAAACUAUGAAAAGGUCUUCUAGAUCUCCUUCUCCUCGGAGCAAAAGUAAGAAAGACAGAAAACGAGGAAAAGAACACAGCGGGGGCAGAAGAGAGAGGGAGAGCUCCACAUCCAAGAAAAGUAGUAAUAGAGAUCAGGACAAGUCAGUGGCUGAUAAAUAUAGGGAAAAGGAUUACCUAAAAGGCGAACAGAUUACUGCAAAGGAAGAACUAAAUGACAGAAAUAAAAACGGCAAUCAAGGGAACCCACAGCACAACGGGAACUAUCUGAUCAAAGAAAGUCCAUCAAGAAAGACAGAAGUGUCUUAAUGGAAGCACUGGGUUUAUUACCCUUCAUAAAAACUAUGCCAAAACUACGUUCCUGUUCAGUUAAUGCUUUCCACGAUACUGUGGGUAUUCGGUGAUUCCCGCAACCCCUGCG